AUGGCGCCUCCCACAGAAGAGCAUCACUUCCUGCCUGCUUUUAAAUGGAGAGGAGAGGCUGAUCCUCGUCCAGCUCCCUCUUCUUCUGGCGCCAUGAAGGUCCCCCUGGCCGCCCUCUUCUUCCUCGCCUCCCUCUGCCAGACCCAGGUCUCCGCCGGAGGAGCCCUUGCCAAAGGUUUUGGAGAUCAUAUUCAUUGGAGGACAUUAGAAGAUGGGAAAAAGGAGGCAGCUGCCAGUGGGUUGCCUCUCAUGAUAAUCAUUCACAAAUCCUGGUGUGGUGCUUGCAAGGCUUUAAAACCAAAGUUUGCAGAAUCAAAGGAAAUCUCAGAGCUUGCCCAUAACUUUGUGAUGGUGAAUCUUGAGGAUGAAGAGGAACCCAAGGAUGAAGCUUUUAGCCCUGAUGGUGGUUAUAUUCCCAGAAUCCUUUUCAUGGAUCCUAGUGGAAAAGUCCAUCCAGAGAUCAUAAAUGAAAGAGGAAAUCCCAGCUACAAGUAUUUUUAUACCAAUGCUGACCAAGUCAUCCAGGGUAUGAAAGAAGCCCAAGAGAAGCUGACAGGUGAUGCUUUCAAGAAAAAACAUCUUGGAGAUGAAUUAUAAUGGAUCCAAGAUCUGUUUUAUAUAGGUUCAGUAUCCAAAAUAAGAUAAAACUGUUAUCCUCCCCAGAAUUCAGAAAAGUUACUUUUUAAAAUUAUGAUUCUCAGAGUUCCUUAGCUACCAUAAAUACUGCCCACACUUUUUGGCACUUUCUGGGAUUUGUGGUAUUAAAAGUAACUUUUCGUAGCUCAGUUCUUCUCUAAUUUUUUCCAGAUAAGGAAUUGUAGCUGCACUGAAAAAAACCACUUUUUCCUACUGACGAUUUCUUAGGUUAAAUACUGUCUGAUUUUCACGCAGUGGAGUCAAAUGAACCAUUAUGUCCUCUUGUUUACAUUAAAAUGCAUAUUUAUAAGAGAAAUAAUGCUUUAAAAAUAAAUUAACUAAUUAGUGCUUGAACAUUAACCACACAGCAAAUCAACAUUGCAGUGGUAGUUGAGGCCUAACUCUUCCUAGGCCUUUUUGUAUGUUAAGAAAAGGCUGGUAUCUACUUUAUAAUGUUAGUCUUAUACAAUCAUUUCUUCUGUUAUCCACAAUGAUGAUAUAUAAGAUUCCUAUCAAUGAUCUUGUUUUUACUUUUCAAUAUGGACUGCAUCAAGAGAUAGGCAACCCUGCAUACUCCAACUGUCUUCCAGUGCAACCCUAUCAUCCCUAACAAUGGAUCCUGUUGGACAUGUUUGAUGAAAGUUGUAGUUUGAAACCUAUGGAAGCUAUCAGGUGUCCUAACUCUAGUUUAGCACUAUGUGCUUAGGCCUCAGCAAAACAAUUAUACUGAACUGAUAACUCUACCCUGCAUACUAAGUAGUCUUACUUUCCUAUUUGUUCAAGGAACAGCAUGAAAAAUGUUGAAUACAGAACAAUUUUCUUCUUUUUUGGUUGCAAUUAGACAGAAAUACAGCUUUUCCAUUAGUGCAUUUUGUCUUCUUCAAGUCUUAUUGAUGAAAGAGCAAACAUACUAAAGUAUUUUGUGUGGAAAAUCUCUCAUUUGCUGAAUGUUAUUGGUGGAUGCCUUGUUUCAUCAUAUUGUACUGUAUUUUUGUAUCAAGGUAACAAUAAAAUUGAUUUUUAAUUUUUCAGUUCAA